UGUUCUGCUGAAGAUAUCUCAUCCAUGGUUCUGAAAAAGAUGAGGAAGAUUUCCGAGACCUACUUGGGCUCAACUGUGAAAAAUGCGGUUAUCACUGUCCCUGCUUACUUCAAUUACUCACAACGCCGAGCUACAAAAGAAGCAGGCAUCUCUGCUGGCUUAAAUGUGUUGCGUAUUAUGAACGAACCAAGUGCUGCUGCCAUUGCUUAUGGCCUUAACAAAAAGGCCGGUUGGAGGAGCCCACGAAAUGUGAUGAUAUUUGAUUUGGGUGGUGGCACUUUAGAUGUGUCAUUGCUUACCAUGAGCACUUCUGGUGACUUUCAAGUAAAGGCAACGGCUGGAGACAUUCACCUUGGUGGCCAAGACUUCGAUAGCAGAUUGGUGAAAUACUGUGUUGAGGAAUUCAAGAGGAAGCACAAAUUGGAUGUAAGUGGAAAUAAAAGAGCUUUUAGGAGGUUAAAAAAUGAAUGUGAGAAGGCAAAGAAGAGACUCUCAUUUGAGUCUGACUUCGAGGUUGAAAUUGACUGUUUGUGGGAGAAUACUGAUUUCACCAUAACUUUUACUCGUGCCAUAUUUGAACAACUAAACAGAGAUUUAUUUAUCAAGUGUAUGGAGCCUGUGAAGAAGUGCUUAACGGAUGCUAACAUGGACAUAAGCAGUGUCGACGACGUUGUUCUUGUUGGUGGCUCUACUAGAAUUCCCAUGGUUCAACAGCUAUUACAGGAGUUUUUCAAGGGGAAGGAGCUGUGCAAGGGCGUUAAUCCGGAUGAGGCAGUGGCAUAUGGUGCAGCGGUUCAAGCCGCAACCUUGACUAGGAAUGGAAAAGGGGAGUUUAUUCAGGACUACACUCUCAAGGACGUCACUCCUCUUGCAAUUGGUUUGGAGUUUGCAGAUAAUAAGAAGUUCGUAAAGUUGAUUCCAAGAAACUCACUAAUUCCCGUCAAGAAGAAAAUAAAAUGUCCUAUCAAGGAUAACCAAGUUUCGGUCGACUUCCGCAUGUACGAGGGUGAGAGUAGCUCGCCAGCCAAUCUCAACUUUUUGGGUGAAUGCAGCCUCCGUUACAUUCCUCCAGCUCCCAAACUUGUUCAUAAUUUCGAUGUUUUCUUCGAAAUUGAUCCCGAUGGAAUCUUGAGUGUCUUCACUGAAGAUAAGUCCUCUGGCCAGAAGAAUGAGAUCAUAAUCAACCGUGACAGACCGAAGAACUUUGAGGGGAACUGAGAGAGAGGUUAUGUUGUUUUAAGGUGAAAUCAUGUGUUUUUGAUCUACUUCAUCCACGGGAUACUUGCAGCCCCAAUAUUCCUUACCAACUAUGGCCGUCUACACUACGCCGCAUAGCAGCAUUUUUAACUCUUGCA